GAAACAGAGAGGAGCCAAAUAUACACAAGGAGGGGAGAAAAAUAGAAGAGAAGCGCACAGGAAACAGGAGGGAGAAGAGGGGAGGGUCGAGAGAGCGUUUCUUCUCUCCCUCUCAGUCUGCUUCACCCUCUCAGCGCCUGGGAGACAAGCAGGAGGGCGGAUUGUCCCUUUCACGCCGCUGCAGCUCGGACAUUCAAUCGGGGAGAUCAGAGAAGCGGGAAGCAGAAAAGCCGUGACAAGCGUCUAUUGUCAAACACGGCAGUUGAGUGACAGCCGACGGACCACCUGACACUCAAGGCGAACUUUUCCAGAGAGGUGCCAGUCAAUUCGCCACGGCCGACCCUGACGUACCUCUGAGCCGCACACAUCAGGUGAUGCCAGGAGGUUUGCUUCUGACAGCGGCUGGACUGCGAUCCGUCUGAAGGACCACAGAAGAUGAUGAGCACCUGCCACCGGGUCACAGGGAGGAAGUGAAGAGGCCUUGUCUGCGGGCCUGCCUUCUUCCGCCCGCGGGAACGUUAUUAAAAUCGCCAUCUAAAGGUUAUGUGACCACUCCGGGCGUAACUUACUCCUGCCAUUUGCAAAGACAAAUUCUACACGACGAGUUUCACUGCUCCGGCGGCUCAAUUCAGCAUGGAUCACGGUGAGAGCCGAGUUCAAUAAAGGGAACGUGAGUCGGCUGGACGUCUCGUGCUCCUACAUGGGAACCUCAGUCUGCUGCCAGUGAUCCCAACCCGGACCUCGCACUUCCGCUUCCUCUCCCUGGGUUUCUAAAAGGUGGACGGGCUGAGGAGGCUCCGUCCGAGGGUGGCGAGGGCUGCCAUUGGCUGACUGCGGGUGAGAGUGCGAUGCGGAUUGGAGGAUGUCGGGGGACUGGGAUGAAGACCUGUGUAAGAAGGCGCUGGUGCUGGUGGAGGAGCUGUGCUUCAACUCUCCCAGGGGCUACAGCCAGAGUGAGCACUGCCAGGAGUUCAGUUACCUGCUGAGAGGACGCAACAGACAGCUGGACACAGAAAUCUCCGUCAGUCUUCUGUCGGUCAUCGUAACGUUCUGCGGCAUCGUCCUCCUCUCCGUCUCCCUCUUCGUCUCCUGGAAGCUGUGCUGGCUGCCAUGGCGGGACAAAGAGGGCGGCGGCCUCAGCCUGACCUCCGGGCUGCUGCCCGGGAGCGCUGGAAUCGGGAGUCUCGGGGGAGCCGGCGGCUCCUCGUUCCUGCCGCCACUGCUGCAGAGGAAGGAGGGCCACUCCUCUUCGUCGCUGUACCCCUCUCUUGGCCAGCAGGGGCAGCAUCACCCUCACUUCUCUGACCUGGUGGGGCUGGAGAGGGGGGACAUGGGCGCAGUGGUGGGGGGGCCACACGAGACCCAGGAGAGCUCCUACCUGGACAUGGACUCGUACCCCAACAACGCUGGAACUCUGAAGCUGAGUCAGACCUCUCCGGACGUUCCCAACGCGGAGGCCGGGGCUCAUCCGCCGAAGGAGCUGCCCAACGCUCACUCGCAGCAGCAGGUCACCUCACGGCCCAAGCCCAUGACUCACCAGCUCUCCAGUCCUGAUUUCCACGGCGAGGAGAAGGAGCAGGUGACCUGCAUUGGUCAGAUCAAGCCGGAGCUCUACAGGCCCAAAGGCGAUCAGGGCGAAGGCAAGCAAGGAGACACCUGCGGCAAGAUCAGCUUCCUGCUGCGCUACGCCUUCAACACGGAGCAGCUGGUGGUGAAGAUCCUCAAAGCACUGGAUCUCCCUGCCAAGGAUGCCAACGGCUUCUCCGACCCGUACGUGAAGAUUUACCUACUGCCAGACAGGAAGAAGAAAUUCCAGACCAAGGUCCACAGGAAGACCCUGAACCCGGUCUUCAACGAGACCUUCCAGUUCGGCGUGCCGCUGAACGAGCUACAUUCCAGGAAGUUGCAUUUCUCCGUGUACGACUUCGACCGCUUCUCCAGGCACGACCUGAUCGGACAGGUGGUGGUGGACAACCUGCUGGACUUCAGCGAGGGCAGCGGGGACAAGCCCGUCUGGAGGGACAUUGUGGAGGGGACGGCGGAGAAGGCUGAUCUCGGGGAGCUGAACUUCUCGCUGUGUUACCUGCCGACCGCCGGCAGACUCACGGCCACGGUCAUCAAGGCCACCAACCUCAAAGCCAUGGACCUGACUGGGUUCUCAGACCCGUACGUGAAGGCCUCGCUGGUCUGUGACGGCCGCCGGCUAAAAAAGAGGAAGACGUCCAUCAAGAAGAACACGCUGAACCCCACCUACAACGAGGCGCUGGUCUUCGACAUCCCCAACGAGAACAUUGAGAGCGUCUCCAUCGUCAUCGCCGUGAUGGACUACGACUGCAUCGGCCAUAAUGAGGUGAUAGGCAUGUGCCGGGUGGGCAGUGAUGCGGACGGUCCCGGGAGAGAACACUGGGCCGCCAUGUUGGCCAAUCCACGCAAGCCCAUCGAGCACUGGCAUCAACUGGUGGAGGAGAAGGCCAUCGGAACCUUUGUAUCGAAGCCGGCGCCGGCGUCCUCCCCGAAGCCUCACAUCGUGGUGGACAGUCCUCACUCCGACUAAUUCGGUCACUCUCGUCCCUGCAGCUCCAGACCCUUUUCUUUCCUCCUCUCAUCUGUGAAUAACGCUCUCCAUCCACGAAUGAGCGAGAGAGAGACUCAGUUGAGAGGAAAACAAAUCCAGGACGCGGCGGCCGAUGAGGUGUACAUUUGUGAAGACGCAUGAGCUUAGUGAUCUCACAGGAGGAAGAGUUACGGAAGCCAUUCCAGGACUCAUGUUGACCAGGACCAAAGCUCCACGGUGCUUCAGACCUGGUCAUCGUGCAGCACCAGGGGCCACAGUCAGACCCCCUCAACCCGAACCCUAACCAUCCUUCUACAAUCAAAAGCCGUUACUUUACUUCCUCAUAUUUCAUGAGAACUGCACCCGCAAUAUAUAUUUAGUUAUAGUCCUUUCCACAAUCAUUUUGAUAGUCAAUGUUUUUCUCCAUAUUUUUCUGUAAUUAUUAUUUCACAUUCUUCAUAAAAAUAAUCAUCUUUCUCAUUUGUUUUUAAUUUUUUUUUUCGUUAAAUAAAAUUAUACAUAUGUAUAUAAUAUCAAUUGUUACCUUAGAUUUUCUCAAUAUAUAUAGACUCGUGUUUAUUUAUCUUAUUUAUUGUAAUUUUUGUUCGUUAAAUUAAAUGUGAAUUAUUUAUAUUUAUACAUUUCAUAAACAAUAUGUUGAAUGCUCAACUCUUUAUUACAGAAGUGCCAUGAUUAUUUAUUUAUUUAUUUAUAAUAGAUUCAUUUAUAUUGAUUUAUUUGAAUGAAAAACAAUAUUUCUCAUUUAUUUUUAAACAUCCUGUGCUUCCUGAUCUAACCACGUAAAAUGAAUUCCCCCGUUUUAUUUGAGGAGACGUGUCAAAGUUCCUGCUGUGGCCCCUUCGGGACAGAAAGUGGCCCCGUCUUCGCCGCCAUCAACCGUUGAUUCCUUUUCGUUGCGUGGAUCCUCCCGGUGGAGCGGGAGCCUUCCGCCGUUCCGGUGUCAGACUUUUCCGCCGAGGAGAGACGCCCCUGAACCGGCGGACUUUAUUGAUGUCAGAGGAGCCAAAAAUGAAGUCUCAGCAUGUUGCCGUGUUCCUCGUGCUUCUUGUCCAGGAUUUAUUUGAGGAAAAACUUCUGCAUCUUUUUUUUUUUUACGGUCAAGAUGACAUUGAGCUUCAAUGAAGAUGACGUCUUCAGAAGGACACACACGUCUGUGUUGCUGUGUGUUUCCGUGUUUGUGGGUUUUGUAUUUGUGUGUCUGUGUGUGUGUCCUCAUUGCCCCCGAAUCUUCCUGCAGACUAGUCUCAGAGCCAACGUGUCUUCUGUCUCGAGUCGUGUGUGAGUGUGCGUGCGAGUGAGCUGCCGUGCACUGAGGACUCUGCUGUCGUCCCAUAGACUCUAGUUUAUAUUGUCUAUGUCGUCUCAGCUGCCGACCUCUGCCCCCACCUUCCUCUCUGCCUGAUGUAAGUAACCGUGUUGGUCGUGUACUUCUUCCAGUAACUUGUGUGUGUUUGUCCGAGGGGAAAAAAAGCUGAUGGCACAGUGACUGACAGUGUCUGGUAUGUGUUGACUAAAUAUAAAAGAACACGAUAAAAAAGAAUAAUGAUAAUAAUAAUAAUGUGAACAAACACGAGCAAAGAUUUUGUUAUGGUGGCGGCAUCAUGACAACGGUGAAUCCCAGUCCAACUUGAGAACUUCUGCACUUGCUCUGACUUUUAAAGCCAUGACUGCGACCACGACGAGUCAGUGAAAUACUUUGCUAAAGCUACUUCUGUUGCUCCUCAUUAGCAUGUCGGCGACCAGGCUGCGUCCACAGUCAUGUUGCACUCCUGAUCGGCGGCUCCAUGAAAAAAAUAAAAGAUUCAAAGAAAAAAAAAUACAUUGGCUUAUUUUAAAGGAAGUUAUCAAUAGUCCACACCUUGGUGAAAAAAAUGCAAGAAAGGCAAAAAUGACAUCAAGAUAUAACUUCAUAUAUUUUUCCAUUUUAGCUCCUUUUAAUUCAUUUCUAAGAAUGUGGGGUUUUUUCAUUGUUUAGUUUUCAUAUUUUUGCCAACAUAAUUUGUCUUUUCUGCCAUAAAUCAAUUCGAUUUCAGUGAUAUAUGUUUUAAAAAACAUACAAAUUUUGUCAUUCAAGCUACAUAAUUUUGUUGCAACAUUAUACCGUUAUGCAGUAUUUAUUUCUGAAAACGUCUUCAGGGUUGGGUUUUGCGGCUGGAGUUUGAGUUGGUGGAAUAGCAUCCAAAAUGCUAACAGCAGAGCAGUCUUGAUUUUGAAGACAACACAAACAACUGGGGCUACAACUUGCUGCUGACACCUGCCAUCACCAGCAAGAAAAAAGUCAACGAGAAUGCAGCGCAAGCAACAAGCUAGCAUGACGUGAGACUGUAGCUGGAUGCUAAAAAUGUUUGUAACAUCAGUCACUUAGCUUCACAGCAUGUUAAACUAGCAGCUAAACCCAAACUUUACUAACAUCCUGACAAACAAGCGGAUCGACUUCUCACUCACCUAAUGCUGAGAAACAAUGCUGAGUGCUAGACAAGCGCCAUGACACUAUCCUGGUCAUCAACAACCCAACUAGGAGGAGGUUGUGUGUCCUGAUCCAGGCUGUUAGCAUGUGCUAUUCCACCGUUCUGCUGUUUGAGUCUGAGUUUCGUAGUUGACCAACCAAGACACGUCGCCGCUUUAUUUAGCGCAACUCAAACUCCCGACGUGGCGUCACAGCGCCCCUUCAGGCCGAGCCCUGUCAGCGCAGCCGGAGUGUGGACGCAGCCAGGUGUGGAGGGAUCUACUUUCUUGUCGGUGGAGGCGCAGCGAUACAAAGUCGUGCAUCACACCCCGGCGUGAUUGAUCAGCUUGUAUAAGUAGAUAUGUUAUCGAUUGGCCGAGCUCAAGGACCCAUAACUCUCUGCGUCCUGGGCGCCCACCUCCCCCUCCCACUCCCGUCUCCCCUAUUUAGCCCCUCUGACGGAUCGCGGAGGCUGCACCACGGCCAGCUGGCUCUUCUCUUCCUCCUCCGUCCACCCUCGAUUCCUGCCCUCUGUCUGUCUGACUAGUGUCUGAAUACUCACCUUUCCUCGCACCCCCGCCCUCCCUCCACUCCUCCCCCAUCGUCCCUCCUCCCCUGAAGGCGCUUGCAUGCUUCUACUAACGAAUGAUGUCAACUUGAAAACAAAAAAAAUACAAGUGAGCUGACGAUACUAACUCUACUAACGUCGACUAAACAGAGCUGUUGUCAAAAAAGAUGCGUUUAUCUUUUACUCUCUGACUCCCACUUGUUUUCUAUAUGCGUGUAUAAAUAUCUAUAAAUAUAUAAAUAAAGGUUUACUUUUUUUAUGGCUUGACUUGAGAGGGUCCGCUCGGAGCAGGAUGGUGGUGAAUGUGCAAGCGUGGCUGGGAAUCAUGGAGAUGAUGGAAAUAAAGGUUAUAUCUCAUU